GGAGAACAGAACCAAAACCUACAGUAAUAAAAUGGACACCAAGGGGAAAUAUCUGCUCAGACUUUUACACUGAGUGCUGGAACAUGAAUAAAAGUAUUACUGGAGAGAUCUCUGCAGAACAUAACCUCAGUGUCCCUCAGAUAUGCCCUUUACAGCUUCAAUUAGGUGAUAGUCUCUUCAUCUCCUCUGAGCCAUCGUUUCAAUCCUAUGGAAUGAAUUUGGUAAAUGUCUCCAAGGAAGAAUUUAUUAACUGCCCUAAGGCUGGUUCUCUUCAAGAGCAGAUGAUUUUUGUUUGCCAGAUAAGAGGACUGCACCAAGUGGACCCAAGCAGGCUUGGUGUUGGAACCCAUUACUUUGCAGAACUUCACAAGAGAGGUCCGCUGUUGUGCGACAUGGGCCUUCGUCUGAACGUAACCGUGAAGCAGCAGUUUUGCCAACAGUCUCUGGAUGCACCACUAUGCUCUGGGCAUGGAAAAUGUCUAAGCCAUGUUUGGGAAAAAGCAUAUAAUUGCCAUUGCUUCCCACAGUAUUCAGGAAUAUUCUGCCAGAAGUUUGAUAUAUGUUCCACCAAACCUUGCCACAACAAUGCCUCCUGCACCGAGAAAUCAGAACUUUCUGGAGAUUCUUAUGAAUGCUCAUGUCCUCCAAAAUUUUCAGGUAAAAAUUGUACAGAAAUUGUUGGACAGUGCCAGACAUCUACAUGUUUCAAUGGUAACUGCAUCAAUGUUACUCCAAACACUUUUCUUUGUGAGUGUGACAAGGGCUUUACAGGUCCAUUUUGUGAAGAACCUGAUGAUCCUUGUGCCUCUCAGCCAUGCCUAAAUGGAGGUGUAUGCCAGUAUAAACAGUCUGGAUAUGUUUGUGAUUGCCCUUCUGGUUUUCUUGGUCAGAACUGUGAAAUUAACAUCAAUGAAUGCUCUUCAAGGCCAUGUCAGAACAGAGGUACAUGUAUUGAUUUGCCAAAUGAUGUGGCAUGUAUCUGUAUGCCAAUAUUUACUGGCAAGUUCUGUGAGAGAAUACUGAACCCAUGUGAAUUAUUACCUUGCUUAAAUAAUGCAACUUGUGUAGCUCAACAGCAAAACUAUAACUGCCGCUGCAUGCCAGGAUUCACUGGAAAGAACUGUGAGGAAGUAAUUGACUACUGCAGGCUGCUCAGCAUCAACUGUCUGAAUGAAGGAUUGUGUCUUAAUAUAAUUGGAGGAUUCACUUGCCUCUGUGCACCUGGAUGGACAGGAGAAUUUUGUCAAUUUGCUGAAAAUGCAUGUUUAAUUUACCCAAAUAAUUGUUCUGGUGGAGCAACUUGCAUUGAUAUGAGUCAACUGAGAGAACAACCUUUGUUUCAGUGUUUGUGCCCUCGUGAUUUUACAGGAGAAUUCUGUGAGGUGAAAAUUGACAACUGUGGCUCCAAUUCAUGUGAAAAUGGAGGAACAUGUAUUAGCUAUGAAGAUCAUUUAAAGUGCACUUGCCCUAUAGGUUUUGAAGGUGAAAGAUGUGAACUCGAUAUUGAUGCCUGCCUAUUCAACAAUAUAAGCUGUGCCCCAGGAGCACUGUGUAUGGAUAAAUCUCAUGGAUUUAAUUACACAUGUUUAUCACCAUGUGUUGGAAACACAGAGGUUCAGUCACUGAUGUCUCCUUCUGUCCCCUGCUUGCUUCUGCUAUAUUAUGAAACUUGAAGAACUUAGGGCAAAAUCUCUACGCAAUUUUUGAUGUGUUUAAGUUACCAGAUAGAAGGUUGAUGGUACAGCAAUGCACAGAG